AUGGAGGAGGUGACGGAGCUGGAGAUGGGGGGGAACUCCCUGCUGAAGGCCGUGUGGCUCGGCCGGCUGCGGCUGACCCGGCUGCUGCUGGAGGGCGGGGCUUACAUCAACGAGAGCAACGAGAAAGGGGAGACCGCCCUGAUGGUGGCCUGCAUCACCAAGCACGUCGACCAGCAGAGCAUUAACAAGGCCAAGAUGGUGAAGUACCUGCUGGACAACAGAGCAGACCCCAACAUCCAGGACAAGUCUGGGAAGACAGCCCUCAUGCAUGCCUGCAUUCGUGGUGCGGGAGGGGACGUGGUGUCCCUGCUGCUGGACAAUGGGGCAGACCCCAGCCUGGAGGACCACUCAGGAGCAUCUGCUCUGGUCCAUGCCAUCAACGCCGACGACAAGGACGUGCUGCAGCACCUCCUGAACGCCUGCAAAGCCAAAGGGAAGGAGGUGAUCAUUAUCACCAUGGACAAAUCGGCCUCAGGUACCAAGACCACCAAACAGUACCUGAACGUUCCCCCCUCAUUGGAGUUCAAAGAGAGGGACCCCGAAAAGGAGUGCCCAGCACCCUUCAGCACCCACUUGAAAGCUCCCAUCUCAGCACUUUCCCCAGCUGAGGAGAGCAGCAUCUUCACCCCACAUCCGUCACACUCCAGGGACGUGCCCUGUGCUGGAGGCACUGAUGACCCCCCAUCUCCAGGCCAGAGGGCUGGGGUGCCCAGGAGAGCCCGCCUGCCCCAGCUGAAGCGGCUGCGCUCCGAGCCCUGGGGUCUGGUGGCACCCUCUGUCCUUGACAACACUCGGGGCUGUAUGGACGACGAGGUCAUCAUGGGCAUCAGUGAUCUCUCACUCUCCAAGAAGGCUCCCCUUGCCCGGGGCAGCAAGGAUCCCUCACUCUUCCCACCAGUAGAUGAGCAGGCGCUGAGGACACCGGCGAGGAAAGCAGCCUACGAGAAGAGCCAGGCCAUCCAGCAGCGCCUCCCCCGCCGGAGCACGGUCCCCGAAGAGCUGGAGAACGUUGGCUCCGUGGCUCUGGACGCCCUGCACCGCUGCAGGUUGGGUGCUGAGCACUGCGACCCCCAGCUCUCUGGUGUUCCCGAGGCAGGAAAGGUGCCAUCGGGCCGUAGGAAGCUCAGCGGGUCCCACCUGGCUUUGCUGGAUGGUUCAUGGGAGUCCCUGGAUGGUGUCACAAACACAUCCCCCGGCACCGUCCGGCGCCGACCGCCCGGCUUGCUGGAGAGGAGGGGGUCCGGCACCCUGCUGCUAGACCACAUCUCCCACACCAGGCCAGGCUAUUUGCCACCUCUGAACAUCAACCCCAGCCCCCCCAUCCCCGACAUCGGCUCCAACACCAAAGCCUCCUCCCCGCUCGCUGCUGGCAUCAAGUCCCUGCAGCCGGUGGCUCCCGGCGAGCUGCGAGCGCGUCGGAAGCUGCUCCGGAGACACUCAAUGCAGGCGGAGCAGAUGCGCCAGCUCUCUGACUUCGAGGAGAUCGUAGCCCAGUAG